CGAAUGUUGGAAACAAUCACGGCAUUGUGAUGACGACGAUGCCGAUGCCGACGGACGACCUGCUGUCCCCAACGUCGAAACUGCUGUCCCCCGUGACAAGGCUAGACAAGGCCAAAGAAAUUAUGAAUGAGCAGCAGCAGAAACGAAUGGCGGCUUUGUCCGACGAACGCAUUCGUGAGGUAAUGGCCAAAGACCCAGCGACGCGAACUCUGCGGCGAUCGACAUCUGCACUCAGUUUCGACAUGCACAAUAUGAGUGCGAGUGACGCCGAUGUUGCGCUCACGUCAAGAAGAGACAUUCCUGCUCCAGUUCAUCGUGAGUCGCGACGGAUGCAAAUGCACGCACCAGUGGUGGAAUCCAAUGCAGCAGCAGCUGAAAUGACCAACGCGCUAGAACUCGAGCGAAGUUACGAGCUUCUUCGUCGAUUGGACAAUGAAGACAUUCGAUCAAAACGUCGCGCGAAAGCUGCAAAGAAGAACGUUGUCCCCACCUCCAACUACCACCUGAAGCAUUAUGGUCUCGCUGACGUCGAUCGCAUCAACAUUUACGCUCCAUUUGAAGGGACGGCCUUGCAAAAGCCCACUGGCGAUUCAUCACGCUCAGCGCCGCAUUUGUCUCCAAGAACAAAGCCAACUCCUAUCCCAAACACCUCUGUCCACAACAAGAAUAGAGACGUCGACGACGAAGCACCCCAACUCCUUCGACGAAAGGUAGCCCAACCAUCGCCAUCCUCGGAACUCCGGCAUUCUACAACUCCUCUUCAAGUUCUACACUCUCCUACAAAAACCUUGUCGUCCACGCGAAAAAAUGCCAAGCAGCAACAACGAGCCACCCGCUCAACGCCCAUGAAGGCCAGACUCCGCCCCCGACACGCUUCGUCGACGUUUGCAUGGACCGGUCUAGGCCACUUCGUCGUAGGUGCUGGGAUCGUUUGUGGAGUUGGAUCGUGUGCACUUCUCGUGGCUGAAGACAACGCCCUGAUCGACGCGGUGGCAACUUUUGAUACGUCCUUAGCCCGUACAAUUGUUCAACGAACGACAUCCAUGCUCCUCCACCGAUACGUAUUGAUUACAGGGUUGCUCGCGGCACUGGUGCUCCUUCUGUGGCUCAGUCAAGGCUUGUCUGCGUCGGACGAGCGCUCCAUUGAUCGCCUUGUUGUGUGCGCCAAAGAAGAACUGCUGUUGCAUGCGACUUCCAACCUUCCCGGCCACACUGCGAUCCCUGAGGCUUAUCUCCGCGAAGCCAUUUUGGACUUGCUUGGGUACAAAGGUCCGAAGAGAGAUCACGCUGACUCGUUGUGGCCGUGUGUGCGGCAAGUCCUGGCCUCGGACAGGCGAAUCCAGUGUUUUCAAGUAAAGUCCAAGCGAGGCGUCUACCUGUGGGAGUGGAUUGCACCGCAAUCGGAAGUCGCCAUGAAACGCUAUGCUGCCGCGGUCACGUCCCUCCGCAAUGAACAUGCCUAGUCGAGACUUGUAAAAAUCCUUAUUGGCAUGAUGCCGAAUGCACAUGUGAUGGAUGGCAGCGUG